AAUUGAUUCAUCAAGUAUUGAUUAUUAGAAUAAAUAACUUGAGCAUGAAUAAUUUCUGGCAGUAGUUAAUUUUUAUCAGUCUACUAACUAAAUCAGCAAAAAAUAUGUAUGGUGCAUUAGUUUUUAUUGCUACUCAAUUAUUGUUAUGUGUGAAUAUACAAUCAAAAGAAGUUUUUAUUUUGUCUUCUAAUUUGCAACAUGAACUCAAAGUGGAAAAGAAUGGGGUAAAAAAUUCAAAUGGUAUAAAUUUGAGAUUAGUUGUUGGUGAAGAACGCAAAACGGGUAAUGCAUCAUCAAGAGAUGCGUAUCAUAUUCAAUACAAUAUUUUUAAAAAAGAGUGCAUUGACUUCGAACUACUAGCAGAAAGUAUUGACGACGUUUUAAAAGUUUGUAUUGAUAUUGGAGAUUGUGCAUGGUUUGGUGGACCAGAGCAGUUUCGUCAAAUGUGGCCAUUGAAUAAAUAUGAAUGGAAUGAUUUGUCAUAUGUUACGAUAGGAGAUACUGACGAAAUAGUUGAAAAAUAUUAUCAAGCUGUAAUAGAAUCAUACUUCUUAAACUCAAACGGAUUUUACAUUUAUGUGAAUGAGUCUGUCCCUUUGUUUUUGGAUAUGAAUGGACCGACAUCUAAAAAUAAAUUAUGUUUCAUAUCUAAAGUAAAACCACCGUACAGAAAAAAAGAAAAUCGAUUGAAAUUUCGUGUAUGCAAAUAUGAAAAUGCUAGAGUAGCACAUGAAAACGCCGUUAAUGAUAUUUUGGGGAAACCUAUUUCUAUACCAGAUCCAUAUUUAAUAAAAAAUCCUAUUUGGUCUACAUGGGCCAAAUACAAAAAAAAUGUAGAUACUAAAACGGUUUUAGAUUAUGCCAAUCAAAUUGUGAAGAGUGCUUAUCCUCGAGGACAACUUGAAAUUGAUGAUGACUGGGAAACAUGUUAUGGUAGUGCAAUUUUUAAUAAAAAUAAAUUUCCUGAUGUGAAACAACUUGUAAAAGAACUGAAAUCUUUAGGUUUUAAAGUUUCUCUUUGGACUCAUCCAUUUAUUAGUCCACAAUGUGAAUCAUAUGAAUUUGCUAAAACAAAAGAUUUUUUUGUGAAAAAUACAACUGGCUCUAUUGAAACAGCUUGGUGGAAUGGUGCUGCUGCUUUGGUAGACUUUACUAAUCCUUCUGCUAGAGAUUGGUGGUCAGGAAGACUUAAAAAACUACUUGUUGAGACUGGUAUUGAUACACUAAAGUUUGAUGCUGGAGAAUCAAGUUGGGGACCACCAUCGUCUGUGUACUACGAUAAGGAUCUCACAUUUUUUCCUGACAAUAUUGUAAAUGCAUACAUCGAUACUAUAAACGAAUUUGGCAAUGGAAUAGAGUAUAGAACAGCAAGAAAAGUUCAAAAACACGGACGUUUUGUACGAAUGAACGAUAGAAAUUCGCGAUGGGACUGGCAGUUAGGAUUACCUACACUUGUAACUACUUUGAUUCAAUUCAAUAUGAUUGGUUAUCCUUUUGUUUUACCUGACAUGAUUGGAGGAAAUGCAUAUAGAAAUGAUACAGUGUCAGAUGAAUUGUUUAUCAGAUGGAUGCAAGCUAACACUUUUAUGCCAGCGGUUCAGUUUUCGUUGACUCCUUGGGAUUACAAUGAAAGAACGAAUAGUAUUUGCAAAAAGUUUAUGGAUCUUCACCAGAAAUAUGCAGAUCUUAUUGUGCAAUUGAUGGAAAAUGCUGUGAGCACUGGUACUCCAGUUAACCCUCCUAUAUGGUGGAUCGACCCAACUGAUACAACGGCUUUCUACAUCGAUGACGAAUUUCUUUUGGGUGAAGACAUUCUCGUUGCUCCAAUCAUGGUUCAAAAUGCUAUAAAACGAAACAUUUAUCUUCCAGCCGGUAAAUGGAAAGACGAAAAUAAUCCCAAUGGAUCUUUAAUUAAUGGUAGGAAAUGGAUAUAUAAUUACACAGCGGGUUUAGAAGUAUUACCGUGGUUCACACGAGUGAGGAACUAACACAUUGGAACUAAAAUUAGUCAAAGUUCAUUGUAUUUAUUUUGUUUGGUUAAUAAUGAUAUAAAAGAAUUUUUUUUAUAAAAAUAAAUAUUGUCUGUCAAAAUACAUAAUGAUAUUUAAUAUAAGUAUCUAUCUUGAUGAA